AUGGCGACUCGGAAAAAACGAUACGAUCGCUGGAAUUCGAACACAAAACAAAAGUCCGUCGAAGCUGGCUUGAGCGGGUUAUUUUUUACUUGUCAUGGCGAUGAACGACGGGCGCUACGGGAAGCCUACACGAUCAUCGAGCAUUUCGCAGAAGGUGAUCGACCCGUACCCGCCCCUUCCCGAUCCGAGGAAACGCUUGAUACGGACACCGACUUUGAAAAGGAGUGCGUAUCCAUGCGUGGGAAGACUAACGAAGGUGGUGCAAGACCCAAGCAAAGACCAACUGGUGUCAAGAACUGCCUCUUCGUCGCCAUACAAGGCUGCGACUCCACAAAGCUGUCGCUUGAGAUAGUGGGCUAUUGCCAACAAGACUCCAAUUGUCGGUUUUUGGAUCGUGUUAUACCUGUGAACAUCACUUUGCCGGUUGACAUGGUCAAGUUGAACGACGUCAUUUUUGAGUUGGCGAAAAAGUAUCUCACCACUGAAGAAGCGGCGCCGCCAACCUAUGCGCUGGAGUUUAAGGUGCGUAACAACGGUUCCGUCGAGAAAGGAGCAGUUCUGGAAAUGCUGGAUGCAGCUGUCACUGCAGCCUGCCCAAGCGCCAAAGUCGAUCUGAAGCGGCCGAAGAUAACAUUCUUCAUACAGGCCGUCAAGACUAUAAUCAUGGCUGGCGUCGCAAUUGAUUAUCACGCAAGGCGGAAGUAUAACUUACACCCGCUAGAGGAAAAGAAGGAUGAUCAGACUGCCCAGACUGCCGAAAAAGCAUCAAUGGUGCCCGAUCAGAUUCCUGACGGCGGAAGCCCUUCGGAAAAACGACCAAGACUGGAA